UUCCAAUGAACAUCGAGAUCUUCGAGGCCUGGCCUUUCCGCAGCAUCGAUAUUCCAAAAUUCGAUCCUUAAAAGAUGGAUGACCGGAAUUCUGGGCCCACCGUGAUCGUAUUUAUCAUUCCCAGCCUUCUCCUUUGAGGUUUUCUUCUGGGUUGCCCCUUCCUGCUUUUUCCCCCCUCGAGGCCAUGCGUCCCCUCAGACCACUCCUCCCGUCUGCUGUUCGCCCGCGCAACGAACCACUCCCUCCUUUACCCCGUGAUCGCGUCGCUUCCGCUUGCGAUCAAUGUCGCGCGAGGAAGAUUAAAUGCAACGGCGAACGACCAGUCUGUAUCGAAUGCGUCAAGCGGACAACGUCCUGCCAUUACGCUACCCGGUCGUCGGAAACACAGGGCCAGGCACUAAAACGGAAAUACGAUGCCUUGGAAGCCGAGAACGAAGCCUAUGUCGAACUGUUCAAGUUGAUCCGAGCGAGCUCAGACAGCGAGUCUUAUGAGCUGCUGAGGAGGGUCAGGAAAGGGCAUGAUGUUGAGGCUGUGUUGAGGGAGAUUAAAGAGGCGGACCUGCUUAUCCAGCUCAAUCCGAAGCCGGAGACGCGAGUUCAGAUUACAUUGCCCAGUUUGGCGAGUAUCAUGUCGAGGCGCAUGUCUAUGCCGGAUAAUCCGUACUUUGCGUUGGCGGCGACAAGUCAGGCGUCGUCGAAUACGGGACAUGGGUCUUCGCCGGAUAAUCCGGCGGCUCAGUAUCCGAGUCCGCCUGCCUAGUCGUCCUUGGCUGUCAUUCGGAAGGGAACUUCUUUAGGAAUCGCGGAAGACGAGCCUAGCAAUGAUCGCUAACAUAGCUGUUAUGCUACCCCCCAGCUUCCUAAGCUCUGGUUGUCAAGAGGACAAUGCUCGUUUCUGUCUUCGCAGAGAAACAGGGAGUUAUUAGACUCGUAGGUCUUG